AUGUCAUAUUGUAGGGAAGAAGGUAGUUUCAAAUUCUUUUAUUCCCAUUUGUCCCAUUUAUGUCUUUUUCCUAACCUAGUUUUCCAAUCACAGGUAAGGACAAACUGAUCUUCGUAACCGAAGAGGACCAUUCUACUCCAAGCACAGUGAUACUUGGAGAAGAAGAAGAUGAUGAAAUGGAAGGUUUGAUCAAAGCGAACGGCGAAAUAAACUGGGAUUGUCCUUGUUUACAAGGAAUGGCUUACGGUCCUUGUGGAGAACAAUUUAAGGCGGCGUUUUCUUGUUUUCAUUAUAGCGAAGCGGAUCCCAAAGGAUCGGACUGUAUUCCUCAGUUCCGUGACAUGCAGGAAUGUUUCGUUAAAUAUCCUGAAAUUUACGGAAAAGAUGACGAUCUAGCUCUUGAUGGCGACGAAGAAUCGAAGGACGAUCUGUUAGAAAAUUCAAUGGCCACUAACAAUGGAACGGAAACUAAAGAAUUGUUUGAACCAAGAGAUAGUUUACAGAGUGACUUAGAAGGUGCUGCAGCUGAACCCAUACAGAUUACAGGGAACAGCUCCAAUGCAGAAAAGCCAACUUUGAGUUGACCAUUUCUGUGACGUCACA